AAAAGAGUAAUGAAGACAUUUUCUUUCAAUUUUAUUUGGGAGGAAAUUAUUGUUUCUAAUUCUCUUGAUUUGACUUACUCUAGAAUGGAUAAUGUGAAAAUAAUAUGGUUUGUCUUAAUUCUGGAUGAAAUGAAUGAAGAAGUCAAAGGAUAUGAAUUCCCACCUUAGAAAAGUUGACUAGAGAAUUUUUCAGACUUGUUGAGAUCAUCCAAUCCUUAUAACUUCAUCUCUUGCUUCCAAUUUCAAGUUGUUUCAAACUUGGUAGCCUACCGUUCAAUCUCCUCUUGUAUUUUAUUUGUGGAAGAAACCGAUCUCUGUCUAUUAUCGUCUCUGUUAUGGCCAUGGCUGAGCUCUCCAACAAUCCACCAUUGACUAAUCCUGUCAUCGUUGUUGGACCCCAAUUCUGUGCUCCCAACCCUGUAUAUCUCACCAUCGUGAGUAAAGUUUUAUCCCUUGGGGUUGGGAAUUUCAACGUCGCCGUCGACGGCAACAACGUCUUCGAAGUAAAGAGUAUCCUCUUAAGUUUCCACGGCCGUCGUGUCCUCCUCGACGCCAAUGGCAAUCCCAUCCUCUCUAUGCGAAAAAAGAUAUUGAGUGCACAUUGGAGAUGGGAAGUGUUCAGGGGAGAAAGUUGGGAUUCAAAAGAUCUCUUAUUUAGUACAAAGAAGUCUUCUUUGUUCCAAUUAAAGACGGAAUUGGAUGUGUUCUUGGCGGCUAAUACCAAAGAGGAAGUUUGUGAUUUCAAGGUCAAAGGGAGCUGGUUGAAGAGAUCUUGCAACAUCUAUGUUGGAGAAGACUCUUCUAACAUCAUCAUCGCCCAAAUGCAUAAGAAACAGAGUGUUCAAAGCGUGUUGUUUGGGAAGGACAAUUUCGCGGUGACUGCGUAUCCGAACGUCGAUUAUGCAUUCAUCGUUGCUCUUAUCGUCAUUCUCGAUGCGAUUAACGAAGAUAGGAAAGGCAGGACUCACAAUGCCGCCGGAGCCGGAGUCACUGUCACCGGAGCAAUCGGGUGAAGAGAGGGAAGUAAAAUUAUACUUUGUUUAUAUUGAGAGUAUGUAAUUCUUGUUCUGUAAUGGGACGGUUAUUUCGACCCAGAUUCCUGUGUUUCUGCUGUCUUAAUAAUUCAGUUGUAAGUUUGUGUGUAGUUUGAAUUAAUCAUCAAAACUUGC